AUGUCUUCCAACAAACAAUAUACGCUUCAACAAAAGCGCAAGCAUGGUGAUGUGGCUUUGAAAGUCAUAUGUGAACUGGAACAAUACCAGGAUAAAGAGCUGAGUCCCACUAGCAUUCGCUUACAUGAUAAGCUUUUCGAGAUGGCUCACAAGGCCUUGGACUCUGAUGAUACUGACGAGUCCCUUCUGGAAAGUGCCUUUGAGUUCUUCCAGAAGAAGCAGAAGCAGGCCCACAACGCUGAGAAUGAGCGCAAAUCCCUGUCGAAGAAGAUCGAAGUUCUAGAAGCGGAGCUACAAACCCUCAAGGAACAAUAUGGCCAGGUCAAACAGGAAGAGGAGAAACUAAAGGCGGAGAAGGAGGACUUCGACUUCUUGCUCGAGUAUGGACAACAGGAAAAUUUUAUAAAGAAAGAAGAUGAGAAAAUUAUCAAGAAAGAAUAUGAAGAACAAAACAAGAAGACUAAGGAGGAAGCCAUAGAGAAGAAGAAGGCAGAAGCAAAGGCUAAAGGUGUACAGUACACAGGACCAGGCACUUGGGGGGAAGUCAAAGCUGGACAACAAGCGAAGGACGAUGCGCGGUGGGAAUGUAUACACAAGCGUAUGUUUACGAGUACUCACGAGGAAGUGGAGGCUGAGAAGGCUAAAUUUUUCCAAUGGCGAGCUGUUGCUGGCGAUGAAAACAACGCACCUGCGACACCGUUUCUGGACCGCAUACAGCGAAUGUGUGAGGAAGCCGGAGUGGAACGUACAACCGUACUAUUAUGGGUCAGGGAAUAUGGCACAAGGAACAAGAAGUGUCACAGCCAGCCGCCACGGCUUCAACAGUUCUGGAAGACUAUUACAAAGGACGGAAAGGAGGUCAAGGUGAGGCUGGAAAAGGAUGACCCGACAAAGGGCUUUGACUGGCUGAGCUUCGAAGCCGCCGUCAAAUCAUACAUACCCGAUAUUGAAGCAAGACACGCAAAUGGGAAGAUUGAUGAGAGGAGACGGGAUGCAUAUUUGGAGGCCAUCGACGCGUACUGGGCACUAUACUCAGUCGUGGAUGCGAAUGGGAACCCAACUUUGACUGAAUACGCAAGGAAAAAGGCACUGAAGCUAUGGGAAGAUCAGGACAAGAUUCUUGAUCCACCUGAGAACCCAAAGAAGCGGUACAAGGUUGGAAAGUGGAAUGAUAUUGAGUAG